CGGCGGCGGCGGCUCGCGCGGAGGAGAGCUGAGCCCGGGCGGCAGCGGGCGGCGUCGAGCGGGGCUGAGCGGUGCGGGCUGGUGCCCAGCGGCCGGGCGGGAAGGAGGGUCGGUACCCGCCGCCGUGAGAGCUGAAGCGGGAGGUCAGCGGGAGCGAGGAGCCGCGCCGCCGCCAUGGGGAACCGCGGGAUGGAGGAUCUGAUCCCGCUGGUCAACCGGCUGCAGGACGCCUUCGCCGCCAUCGGGCAGAACGCUAACCUCGACCUGCCGCAGAUCGCCGUGGUCGGGGGGCAGAGCGCCGGCAAGAGCUCGGUGCUGGAGAAUUUCGUCGGGAGGGACUUUCUGCCACGUGGCUCUGGCAUCGUGACCAGGCGUCCUCUGGUCCUGCAGCUGGUGAACGCCAGCACAGAAUAUGGAGAGUUCCUGCACUGCAAAGGAAAGAAAUUCACAGAUUUUGAGGAGAUCCGUUUGGAGAUUGAGGCUGAAACGGAUCGUGUUACUGGCUCCAACAAAGGGAUUUCCCCAGUGCCCAUCAACCUCAGAGUCUAUUCUCCUCAUGUCCUGAACCUGACGUUGGUGGAUCUACCAGGCAUGACCAAAGUCCCGGUGGGCGAUCAGCCCCCUGACAUAGAGUUCCAGAUCCGAGAUAUGCUUAUGCAGUUUGUCACCAAAGAGAAUUGCCUCAUCCUGGCAGUGUCCCCAGCCAACUCUGAUUUGGCCAAUUCUGAUGCCCUGAAGGUUGCGAAGGAGGUGGAUCCUCAAGGGCAACGCACUAUUGGAGUCAUCACUAAGCUGGAUCUUAUGGAUGAAGGAACUGAUGCUAGAGAUGUAUUAGAAAAUAAAUUACUUCCCCUUCGCAGAGGUUACAUUGGUGUAGUCAACAGAAGUCAGAAGGACAUUGAUGGCAAGAAGGACAUUCAGGCAGCUCUGGCUGCAGAGAGAAAGUUCUUUCUCUCCCACCCAGCCUACAGACACAUGGCUGAUCGUAUGGGAACCCCCUACCUGCAGAAAGUAUUGAACCAGCAAUUGACCAACCACAUCCGUGACACCCUGCCAGGGCUGCGGAACAAGCUGCAGAGCCAGCUUCUCUCCAUUGAGAAGGAGGUGGAGGAGUAUAAGAACUUUCGCCCUGAUGACCCUGCUCGCAAGACCAAAGCUCUGCUUCAGAUGGUCCAGCAGUUUGCUGUGGACUUUGAGAAACGCAUUGAAGGCUCUGGAGACCAAAUUGAUACCUAUGAGCUGUCAGGAGGAGCCAGAAUUAACCGCAUCUUCCAUGAACGUUUCCCCUUUGAGCUGGUGAAGAUGGAGUUUGAUGAGAAGGAGCUGCGACGAGAGAUCAGCUACGCCAUCAAGAACAUCCAUGGUAUCAGAACCGGUCUCUUCACACCCGACAUGGCCUUUGAGACCAUUGUGAAAAAGCAGGUGAAGAAGAUUAAAGAGCCUUGCCUGAAAUGCGUGGACAUGGUUAUUUCGGAGUUAAUCAAUACCGUUAGACAGUGCACCAAGAAGCUCAGCCAGUACCCUCAUCUGCGUGAGGAGAUGGAGAGGAUUGUGACAACUCAUAUCCGUGAGAGGGAAGGCAGGACCAAAGAUCAGGUUAUGCUUCUAAUAGACAUUGAGCUGGCUUACAUGAACACAAACCAUGAGGAUUUCAUUGGCUUUGCCAAUGCUCAGCAGAGGAGCAGCCAGAUGAGCAAGAAGAAGGCAGCUGGCAACCAGGAUGAGAUCCUGGUCAUCCGAAAGGGCUGGCUCACCAUCAACAACAUUGGGAUCAUGAAGGGUGGCUCCAAGGAGUACUGGUUUGUCCUCACAGCAGAGAACCUCUCCUGGUAUAAGGACGAUGAGGAGAAGGAGAAGAAGUACAUGUUGCCAGUGGACAACCUGAAACUGCGAGAUGUUGAGAAGGGGUUCAUGUCCAGCAAGCACAUCUUUGCUCUCUUCAACACUGAACAGAGGAAUGUUUACAAGGACUACCGACAGCUGGAGCUGGCCUGUGAGACCCAGGAGGAGGUGGAUAGCUGGAAGGCUUCCUUCCUUCGUGCAGGCGUCUACCCAGAACGUGUUGGGGACAAGGACAAAGCCAGUGAAGCAGAGGAGAAUGGAUCAGACAGUUUCAUGCACUCCAUGGAUCCUCAGCUGGAGAGACAAGUGGAAACGAUCAGGAAUCUGGUGGAUUCCUACAUGGCAAUUGUCAACAAAACCAUCAGAGACCUCAUGCCGAAGACAAUCAUGCACCUCAUGAUAAACAAUACAAAGGACUUCAUUCAUUCGGAGCUGCUGGCAAACCUGUACUCCUGUGGCGACCAGAAUACUCUGAUGGAGGAAUCAGCAGAGCAGGCCCAGCGACGUGACGAAAUGCUGCGCAUGUACCAUGCCCUGAAAGAGGCCCUCAACAUCAUCGGGGACAUCAACACCAGCACUAUCAGCACCCCAAUGCCCCCACCGGUGGACGACUCUUGGCUGCAGGUGCAGAGCGUACCGUCUGGACGCAGGUCUCCUACGUCCAGCCCCACGCCGCAAAGGAGAGCUCCCGCUGUGCCCCCCGCCAGGCCUGGCUCUCGAGGCCCGGCUCCUGGGCCACCUCCUGCUGGUGGGUCAGCGCUGGGUGGUGCCCCCCCAGUGCCCUCCAGGCCAGGUGCCUCUCCUGAUCCCUUUGGGCCCCCACCUCAGGUUCCUUCUCGACCUAAUCGUGCUCCUCCUGGUGUUCCCAGCAGAAGGGGCCCUGCCUCACCUACUCGACCUACCAUAAUCCGACCGGCUGAACCGUCCCUCUUAGAUUUAUAACUCGAGGCUGCAGACAGCUGGCGACGAGCGCCGUGCUGGCGGCUUCCCCAUCCCACCUCCCUUCCACAGCCACAGUCACUCUCAUCCAUCCCACACCUGCCUCCCCCCAUCCCUUCCCACUGUGUGGUACAGCACUAGCCUAGUGAUCGAGCUCUUCGUCUCCACUCGUGCGUCCCGUAUUGCUUUGUGAGCGUAGCGUAGCCUUCAUUCAGUGGCACGGAUCCCACAAACACAGGCUCCUGGGAGAGAUCAGCCACAGGGACGUCCCUCAGUCCGCACGUUGGCUGUCUGUCCUGUUCUCACCCGCCUGUCUGGCCUGGAUCAGUGUCCUGCCUGCAUCACCUAGCUGUAGCACCACCUAGGACUGAGCUGUAGUGACUUCCUUGUAGUUAAGAAGAUACAAGCGUGACUUAGAAGCGAAAACGCUGUCAAAAUGUGACGCUCUUAGGAACGGAUUAAAUGUCCUGCGUAUUAGUUUGACUUCCAAGGUGCAAAAACUCAUGUUGGGAACAGUGCAAUCUACCUUAUAUCAAAGCGAGGCAGGGAGGUGAGGAGGGGGAGCUUGAUGGGGAGCACACAGACCUGGUGCUCAGCUCCCAUCAGAGCCGGGGAUGCUGUGGGUGCAGCCGUGCUCCUGUCAGGCUGUGCUCCAUCACACUGGGCUCAGCCCCAACCCAGCAGGGAGAGGGGAUGGCUGCUGCUGCUCCCCCUGCAAACGGACAACCCAAUGUUUUCAGGGAGUUUGCUGCGUGAUGUUCUAUUGAAGCUAUUUCUGCUCUGAAUAAGCACAUCUUUCUGUGUUUUUUGGGUACUGUGGUGACUUCUUCCGUAGCCUUUUCUUGCAUGUGGAUGGUACGUGUUUGGGGAACUUGUAACUGUUGCUUAUCACAACUCAUCCCCCUAAGGCUUGAUUUCUACUCUUCAUGUUAUGUGUAUUAAAAAUACUACAAAAAAAAAAAAAAAAAGACUUCAGCAUUAAAAAUAUACCACCCUGUGCAUCUGGGCUGUUGUGUCUUCACCAGCAGUGAGCCACCCAUGUCGCAGCUGAUUUGCUUUAAGGUUAUCUUUUUGCAGUGUCUUCAGUUUCUGUUGCGUGGCUCCUCUAUUGUUCUGAUGCCAAUUCCUUUCUGUAUUUUAACCACUGUUUUACUGCUUCUCCCCCUCUCCCUUCCUUUCCCCUUUUCCUGUUUUGUUUCCAGCCGGCCGGGUAAGGCCAGCCCCUCCCGCCCGGAGAGCCCCAAGCCACCAUUUGACAUGUAGUGCUGCUCCCUCCGAGACUCUUUGCCUGCUCUUAGCUGUUCUGUCCGGGAGUGUUCUGACUCAGCUCUCACCCCUGGUUUGUUCUGUUUGUAUUUGUGACACACACCUAUCGGCUGUGACUGUAGUAAAGCUGUAUUUGAUUCCCAGCUGCUUCGAGGAGUUGAAAUUGUAGUAACGAGAAACGUAUCUUUACUGUUAUAAAUAUCUAUAAAUAUAUAUAUAUAUAAAGAUGGAAAAUCUAUAUAUGUCCAGGUGUUUAAAGCCGUUUUGUGCUUCCAUGUGGAUAUUAGGAAACGCUUCAGUAGGGAAAAGAAUAUCGCUAUACAUAUAUAUAUACAUCCUGAGAAGUGAACCAAAUCCCAGUGUUGAAUUUUUGAGCCGACUGUUCAAUUCUCUGCUGUGUGCAGUUGGGUUCCUGUGUUACCCCAGAGCUGUGGGUGAACGUCUCGGUGCUGGUGGUAGCUGUGCUGCAGUCUGUGAUCUACUGUCACUCUCGUUAAUUGGAUGAAAUAAACUAUUGUUUCUGUAUAA